AUGCCCAAAGGCAGCAAAUCGAAAAAGGGUAUCGACGACACAUCAUCCGAUGCAACGAUCAACAGCUCCGAUUCAAUUUCGUUUAAUAAAAGGAAAAGUGCGUCGAUUAAGCACCAAUUAAUUGCGUUAAACAAAACAUUGUCGUCGCAUCGUCUUGGUGAACUUGAUGAAGCUGAACUUUCUGUCCACAUGGAGUACGUCGAAAGCAUUCACGACAACUUUGACCACGUGCAUUCUAUUCUCGAAGAAGCUGAUCCACGCGAACUAGAUGGAGUAGGCCGAGCAGAAUUUUUCGACGUGUACCUAGAAGUCAAAGCAAAGCUGUCGCGUGAGCUCAAUUUGCAUCGGAAGACAAACGUAAGACAUUCAUCGACUGCUAGGCAUUUCGCAUUGGAAGAAUCGCCAUCAACUAGCGUUAUUGACAAGGACCUCGAGUUAAGCAAAGUGGAGAAACUCCAACAUUUACGCGCUAGUCUGCAAGGAGCCGCUUUGGAAACAAUUUGCUCACUAGAACCGGUUGAGGAGAAUUAUGACAAAGCCAUUGCCCUAUUAAAAAAUCGAUUUGAUAAUAAAUUACUUAUUUUUCAGGCUCACAUUAGGGCGAUUAUCGAAUUGAAGAGUGUUGAUAAAGGUUCAGCCAAUCGUUUGCGCGAAUUGUGCGACAAUUUUAAUUCCCAUCUUCGUGCACUUAACACCAUGGCAACACCAGAACAAAUAUCGGAUGGUUUGCUCAUACAUCUUGUUACUAGAAAGUUCGAUCAGAAGACGCAGGAGAAGUGGGAGGAGGACUUGCCCACGCAGACAUUGCCAACUUUGAAUUCAAUGACCUCAUUUCUGGAGAAGCGGUGCCGAAUUAUGGAAAAUUUGGAAGGUGCUAUGCAAACACUUAGCAAUCAGAUUGGCAAACAUUCGAAGGCAAAUAAAGGUAUUAGAAAUGCUUUGGUAGCAUCCUCAAGUAGCUCUAGCUUUUGCAUAUUUUGCGAUUCGAAAGAACAUUACAUAAAUAGUUGUUUAAAAUUUUUAAAUUUGUCGCCAAAUUUGCGCUACAAAGAAGCUAAGCGAUUGCAACUUUGCUUAAAUUGCCAACGCAAGGGCCAUAGUUUACAACGGUGUAAGUCUGGACAUUGUCGUCAUUGCCCAGGCAAACACAAUUUGCUUCUCCAUAUGAACCCGCAUACCUCGUCUAUAUCCCCGUCUUCAAACCUACCAACAAUUGAACCUACAGCCCCUUCACAGCAAACACUCAUUUCAUCGCUAACUUCAAGUACAGUCGCUCAAGCCCCAAAAUCGGACGCCAAUAGUAAUGUGUUGCUUGCUACAGCUAUACUUUCAGUCAAAAAUCGUUCAGGUGACUUCGUUCCAUGUCGUGCUAUUCUCGACUCGGCCUCUCAAAUAAAUUUUGUAACCGCUCGCUUGGCAAAUAUGCUGCAACUUCCAUUCAAACAAUCUGCAAUUUUGAUUUCCGGUAUCGGCGAAUCAAACUUUGUUGCCGACAAAGAGAUUGACGUUUUCGCACAGUCGCAAGAUAAAGGCUACAACACUUCGUUCACUGCUGUGGUCACACCCAGUAUUACAGAUUAUCGACCUAACUUCAGCCUUUCUUCGGAAUGGAUAAUACCGUCAAACAUUAAUCUAGCAGAUCCAUUCAUCCAUUAA